AUGAAAAAAAUUUCUAAUUAGUUAAGGAAUGUGGAUUUCUUUAGUGUUACCUACACUCCAGCAAUUUCAGACGGAUUAACCUAUAAUCAUUCCAGUGUUCUUGGUGGGAUAAUUUCGCUGAUAAUUGGAGUCUUAAGUCUGAGUUAUUGCAUAUACUAUUUGUAUUUGUGGUGGAGUUAUUCUUUGUUGCCCAAAGUCACAGAAGAUAUUAAUAACUUUACAGAUGAUUCACAGUUUGGAUUUUUAAAUAAUCAUAUACAAGUCAUCGCAAAUGAUAUUAAUGGAAAAUCCUCAAUAAAUCCAUUCAAAAGUGAUGAAAUCGUUGUGCUGCCAUUGAUCUUAGAUCUUGACGAUGGGUUGAACUGGUAACCUCUAAUAAGUAAUAUCACUAAAGAUUAAAAUCUGGACAUCAAUUUUCAAAUGAGCAAAGACAAAUAAUAUAUGAUCUUGUUUACACUCUGCAAAGAUGAAUACCUUAUUGCAGAUUAUUAAUGUGCAUCUGAAGAAGUGAAGCAAUCCUAUUUCAGUUAAAUGGGCAAUACCCUCUACACUGAGAUAGAAUUUACAACUAUUAACCCAUCAACAUUUGAACCAUAAUCAUUUUAUAGAACAUACCCAUUUUAUAUUCACUCAAAUGCUGAGAUGUGCUCAUCCAUUACUUUGCAUUACCAAAUGAAUCACUAUUAAAUAGAUAAGGCUUUUCUAUUUUCCACUGGAGUAGAAGAACAGAAUUACAUUUCGAACUCGCUUAAUUAUCCACAAUAUGCCAUGAAGGAAUUUUGUGACCAAUAUUAUAUGUCAGACACAUAUGGAGCUUUUGUGAUUUUGUUUUAACAACAAUAUCAUACAGUUUAGAUUGGGUACCCUUCAAUUAGUGAGGUAUUUGCAGCAAUUGGAUCAAUAGUCAGUAUUUUGUUUUCAGUAAAAUAUGUGAUCACUUUACUCAAUCUUACACAAAUGAGACAAUCAAUUUUGGAUGAUAUAAUGAGAUAAUACUAUCCUGAAUUUAAAUAAUUUAAGAUCAUUAAGAAUCUUUGGGGUAAGGUGGUUUCAGUCAAAUUCCAAGGAGUAUAAGUAGAGAUUCCUAGUUAUUUGGCAUUCCAGAAACAAAUACAUUCCUAAAUGGCUUGUAAACUUAACUACAAGAAUCUACUCUAUGAGAUGUCUCGAUUUUAAUUCAUUUUGAUGUCUUUCAAGCGAAGGAAUGAAAUUGAGAGGUUCCACCACGUCGGCAUUAAGGUUCCCAUUCAAUUGUCUGAAAAUGGCGACUCCUAUUAAAUUUCAGAAGGUAUUAAAAACUAACUAAAGACUCUGAAUCUACGGCAUUGCAAUACAUUGAACACCAAAUAUGAUAUCCUGACUAUUGACGAUGCCUUAAUUUUGAGUCAGGACUACAAGAAGAACAAUCACUUGUCUGAGGGGAGAAGCGAGUUUGAGCCUCUUCAAACGACGAAUUAAAAGUAGGAGGAUGUGGAGCGGGAUCAAGAAUUCUAUGAGAUUAACUAUAUUAAGCCUAAUAAUGAACAUGAUGAAAAUAAUUGA